GCUUAGCGGAGCCUCAGGUUGGAGUGGCCGUUGCCAUAUUGCCCACAAAGACUCACUCCAACGGCCAGCACCUAUUAUUUAUGCAUGCAUGUGAUUUACUUCUAUUUUGUUUUUACUCACCUUCAUGUCCUCGGCUGUUCUCUUGGUCAGAACACUUUCUCCGAGACAUAUCUCUAGGUUUGACUGAGGGGGGUUACUCAUUUCCCCAAGGCUAAUUUGGUGGCCAUUUUAAUAGCUGGUGUAGAUUAGGCCACCGUUGUCCAAGACCUGCGAGGCUGCUGCUGCUGUUAUUGUUGUUGUUUUUGUGUUGAUUUCAGAAGCCACAAAUUUCUCAAGAUGAAAGACCGCUUGGCGCAGCUGAAGGAGAAAAGUGAGCCUGGAGGAGAUGACAUUGCGGUUCCAGUGGACAAACAGGAGUUCAUGGAUGAUUUCUUUGCCCAGAUUGAGGAUAUCCGCACCAGCAUCGACAAGAUCGACGAGAGUGUCACAGAAAUCAAAAAACUGUAUUCCACCAUCUUGUCGGCUCCUACAUCUGACCAGAAGACACAAGAUGAUGUUGAAGCCCUCACCAAUGAGAUCAAGAAGGCAGCCAACAAUGCACGAAACAAACUCAAGAGUAUUGAGCGCCAGCUGGAGUCAAACACAGAUGAAAGGGCUUCAGCUGACCUCAGGAUACGCAAGUCACAGCAUGCGAUCCUGGCCAAGAAGUUUGUAGAGGUGAUGACAAAGUACAAUGAGGCUCAGGUUGACUUCAGAGACAAGAGCAAAGGACGGAUCGCCCGACAGCUUGAGAUCACGGGGAAAUCGACAACUGAUGAGGAGCUGGAGGAAAUGCUGGAGGGAGGCAACUCAGCUGUCUUCACUGCUGGGAUCACAGCCUCAAAGAUCGACCAGCAGGCCCUGAAUGAGAUUGAGGCUCGGCACAAAGACAUCAUGAGGCUAGAAAGCAGUAUCAAGGAGCUCCACGACAUGUUUGUUGAUAUCGCCAUGCUGGUUGAGAACCAGGGUGGCAUGAUUGACAGGAUUGAGAGCAACAUGGACCAAUCAGUGGGCUUUGUAGAGAGGGCAGUGGCUGACACCAAGAAGGCUGCCAAGUUUCAGCAGGAGGCACGCAGGAAACAAAUGAUGAUCUUCUGCUGCUGUGUGAUUUUGGCCCUCGUCCUUGGUUCCUUUGUCUACAGCUUCAUCAAAUAGACAACCUGACUGAGGCCACCCAGCAGCUGAAUUCACUCUGUGUGGGACAAAACAGAGCAGAACCCCCUUCAGGUGGACAGAAAACAAAGCCUGGGCUCAGUUCACUUUUAAUUCAGUCAGUUCAGAAUGAAACCUUUUACAACCAUUUCAUGCCAAAUGUUUUUCAGAAUUUAAAUUUUGGACAAAAAAACAAUCUAGUUUCUGGAUCAAUGAUACUGAAACUAAAAUGAAACCAGCAUUGAAGAAUAUGCACUCCUCAGUCCUGCCUCAUCACUGUCAAGGGGUUGAAACCUUCAGGCAUGUUGUACCUCUGGGUACACCCAAUCAGUGAUAUCACAACAGGUAUUUGUAAUCAGGUGUCAACAGCAAAGUACCUGUUGUGACGUCACUGAUUGGGUGUGGUCAGAAAAUGCAAAAUGCUUGAACAUUUCAGCCUCUAGAGACCAGGGCACCGGGUGAUUUCUGCCAGUGUUGACUCCCUCUAACUAAACUCCAAAGCCAACUCUCUGUAAUGCCUGACCUCUAAUGAUGAAAACUAGGGUACAAGUGGUGACAUCACUUUCCACCAAAGACCAGGCACCUCACUUUUCACCAUUAGAGGUCAGGUUUCACCGAGAUUUGGCUUUGAGGUUAUUCUUUAACCUUUCAGGAUUUCUACUGUAUGUUAUUAUUUGGUUAGGCUGUCCCAUACUCAUUUCGAUCAAUUAACAGAGAUAAUCCACUCUAAAUCUGAGUGCUUUCCCCGAAAGGUUUGCUUGGAAUGAUCUGAUCAUGCAAAACUUGAGCACGAUGGCCAGUUUUUAUCAUUAUUAGCAUAUCUUCUGUUGUUCUUGUGGGCAUCUGAAUGGGGUCAGAAAUGAACAGAUUUUGGUUACUUGUCUCUUGUACAGGACUGUGAGGGUGGGGACCGUGGCAGGGUGGAGUGGCCAAAUGUGUCCCAUUCAAACUGAUCAGAUACAGUGCAGUGGUUUUCAUGAAAUUCAAGUCAGGCUGCCUGUCCCAACAUUAAAUCCCAUGCCCUAGAAAUCAUUUCAUCUGUGGCUUUGAAGCCAUGUACACAGUAUGUAAUUAUAUUUACUUAAAAAUCACUAGACAGGAAAAGUGUCAGUCACUUAUUUCAUAUUUGCCGUGCUACCUAACAAAUAUUUACUGAAAAUCCUACACAUAAUACUGAGUUGUUGAUUAUUUACACAUAGAUUAGGGUGCCAGACCUUAGGCAAUGACCCAGGAAAAACUUGUACAAUUCAUCAACCCUUUCUCCCUUGUCACCUGUAGACUUGUACUAGAGGUUUUACUGUGUUUUUGUGUAUUUUUUAAGAAUAGUGUCACAAGCCAAACAAAGCAUCGUCAAUCAAUCCUGAGCUCAUUUAAAACCACAACAAUGGUAUUAUGAUUGUAUUUGGUUAGAACUCAAUCAUUUUUGCAAAAGAGGGCUUAACCCCCCAUCAGUUCGUGAUACUGUGUAUGGAUUGUUAACCUCACUUUUUCGUAGAAAUGCUGCCACUGAAUAUCUUUAAGAGUGUGAUUUGAAUCAUCUCAAUCAGUAGAGUGAUUUUGAUCAAGCACUCAGAGCCCAGACAGUGAACACUGGGAAAGUGACUUAACGGGACAUUGUAAGUCUUUGCAAGCAUGGUUGGGUCCAUCACUUUCACAUCGGUCUGUCCCCAUCAAGUGGAAUCUCUUCAAACAUAGAACCUGCAAUUAGACUUACUAUAUUGGCCUUUUAUUCAAAAUCAGACACUGGCCAAUCAUCAUAAUCCACCUCCAACAUGAUGAAGUCAUCCUCUUCCUCAGAGCUCGCCAGCGGGUGAAAGCCAACCCCAGAUUUACUCUCAUAGUGGUACCUUUUUUCUGCGAUUUUUGUGGCUUCCUGUUGGAUAUCAUGCUAUUGAUCUGGCACUGCGCGCUGUUAUUGGCUGGGAGCUACACACCCACUGCCCAAAGGGUGGCGGCCAGAAGUGUCCCAAGCUCAGCAAAACAAGAAAAUCCAGGCAGAAGGCAGGGUCUAGUGUGUAUCUGCAGAGGCCCUAUAGCGUGAGUCCGGACCCAUCAGAACUCAGUGGGUUGGGCCAGGUUCAGACAAAAAUUUCGAAAUUAUGCUUGGGUUGGGGUUAGGUUCGGUUGCAUCGGCAUUAUGAUAGUGAAAAAUAAUGGACCUACUGUCUGUUUUGGGCAAGUUCUUGUACAGUUACAGAGUUUAUGUGAUGACAUUUAAGGCAACAUGUAGGCUUUUUCAGGUAGUAAAUGUAACCUACUGAUGUGGCACAAGCAACAUCUUUGGUUCGGGUCAGGUUCAGACACAAAAAAGAAUACCUGUCAUGUUUGUGGUUAGGGUUAGGGUUACAGUUUUAGCAUCAUAUGAUGAUCACAUGAGGUUUCAGAGGCUUUUUCAUACUGACACAAACAACAUCCUGGAUAGCAUACUCCCAUUGGGCAUACGUCUACCAGACAUCAAACUGGUGGUCCAACGGAAAGACUUCAGAUUUGAAUUCAGAAACACAUUUCAGUCCAACCUAAUCUGAAAAAUGAACAGCCGCAACGGUUUCCAUUUGAAUGUUAUGAAGGUGAAUUGAGCUCAACCCUGCUUGCUAGCACAAAUUGCACACUGUCAUCUCAAGUACCCCUGAUUCAUAUUAGAUAUGAAGUCAUAAAGUCCCAGUAACUAUCACAGCUUUCCUGCAGUAUGCCCACAGCACUGCCACUUCAUGGUACAUGCCUGUUAAAGUCAGUAUCAGCAGCACUGGGACAGGCGUCUUUUUUUUUUUUUUUUUUUUUUUUUACUUUUGCCUACUAUAUUAUUGUUUUAAUGUUGAAAACAUACCACUUACACAAUUCUUAUGCUAUUGACUAUGCCUGCUGUUAAAAGUUCAUGUCAUGUCAUGGAUAAGCACCUGCUGGCUUGCUGUGACUCCAUCUGUCCUUUAUAGCAGGGCUGGGUUCUAGUCACAUUUCAGUUCAAUCAACUGAGUCACUUUGAUUAAAAAUGAAAAUACUGCAAGACUUCUGAUGUGAGAAGCUUGUCACAUACAACCUGUUGAAAGAUACCUGAGAUUACUUGCUCUAUGAUCUAUGAAUAGAAAUUAGUCAUGGAACUAUUAGCUAGAAAUGGACUUGAUCACAGCCCUGCUUGAGAGCGGCCAGACAGUAUUAUUUGAUCACGCUGACACUGCCUUGGUGGUCCCCUGUUGUUUCAGGUCUUUGUAUUUUUGUGUUGUUUAUUGCAGAAAUUGCUUUCAUUUUUAAUGUUUUUUUUUUUUUUUUUAAAUGGCCACAAAUGUACUUCCAAAGAAAAUGUUGUUUUUGCUCGAUACCAUGGUUUGAAUCUGUUUGGCCUUUGACUGAAAUUGAGUCCUUCCUCUUGGCCCCAGUUCCAAAACUGCAUGGCAGGAGUCAGACCAUUGUUGGUCUCUCCUUUCACUUUCUUUUUUUUUUCUUUUUUUUUUUUUUGUGGAUUUCUUUUGCGAGAAUGGGUUGGAGCAGAAAUGGGUCAUUGGCUUAUGCUGCAUUCAAGUACACCCCUUAAGCAUCUACCUCCAACCUCAGAGAAUUGUAGAAUUUAAAAAGUUAAUAAUCACGAACCUGCUGCAUUAUAGGAUGGAGACGAGAAGGCAGGAUGCAAUUUGAGGAAAGACCAAUCAUCUGCCAUGGUUCAGUAGACUACCCUAGCCCCCUUAAAUAGAUUUUAUAGUCAUCAUUUGAUAGUAUGCCAUUUGGGUAUCAUUUUUUGUCCUUCAUACUCAUCAACUUAUCAAAAUGACUUGUAGUUAUUUAUAAAGAAUUGAUCUCAGUUGUGAGAAUGCAAACUCAAUUACAUGGCUGUUGUAGCUUUGCCCUUCGGUUGGCCACAAAUAAAAUGAACAUGUGAUCCUUU